AUGCCUCUCACAGCUGAUGUUGCAGCGCAGCAGGUGCAGGAGCGGUUGAGAGCUUUACAUCGAUAUUUAUAUGACAUAGAAGCGGAGAGAGGAAGAAAUGAGCAAUGUAUUGAACAGAUACUGAGAGCAGAAAAAGCUGCUGAGUCUUCUCCUGCAACUGAAGAUUCAUCUAGUUCUUCACAACAAAUGCAGUUAAAAAACUUAUACAAGGCUGGCCUCACUGCAGCUGAGCAAGAAGAAAGAGUUCUGCGUUUAGCCUUAUCAAGGAUUUAUGAAAUACGAGCCAUUAAAAAUGAGCGGCGAAUACAGGCCCGGCACGCCGGCAACAAGGAGACAAUCGGGUGCGGCGCGCUGAUGAAGAUGCUGCUCAGCGCGGCGCAGACGCUGCCGCUGCACGUGGGCCGCGUGGGGGAGCGGGCGCCGCCGCUGUGCGGCGCGGUGCCGGCGGACGCGGGCCACGUGGCGCGCGCGGGCGACGCCGUGGCCGCCCUGGUGCGCGUCUCCGACAAGGAGGAGAACUGGAUCCUCGCCGAGGUGGUGAGCUGGCUGCCCGCCCAGGGCAAGUACGAGGUGGACGACAUCGACGAGGAGCAGAAGAACCGCCACGUGCUGAGCAAGCGGCGCGUGGUGCCGCUGCCGCUGAUGCGCGCGGACCCCCGCACCGACGAGCAGGCGCUGUUCCCCAAGGGCGCCGUGGUGAUGGCCCUCUACCCGCAGACCACCUGCUUCUACCGGGCGGUCGUGGAACAGACUGCCCGGCUCCGCCGCCGACCCCUACGAGGUGCUGUUCGAGGACUCGUCGUACGCCGACGGCUACUCCCCGCCGGAGCGCGUGGCGCAGCGCUACGUCAUCGCCAUCAAGGAGGGCAAGGGGCGCGCCACCUGACCCCGCCAGAGCCUGCCCGCCGCGCCCAAGGGACCACCGCCGGCCACAGCCAAUGCAACCCAAUGCGGCAACUAAUGCAAGAAUCCGCCGUAAAUGAAGCCUCGUUUCGAAAGCACUCUGUUCGGAAGCGGUACUCUGAACCGCCAAUUAGC